CAACCGGCUGAUAUACUAGUUUCUAACAAACUUAAGAAAAAGCUUCACGGUGGAUGGCAACGAGCUUUAAAGCGUACUCCAAUGCAUUUGAUGACUGUUCCUGUGAUUAUGAGCACAAAUUACAGAUCUCUACUGAACAAGAUUAAUUACUUGCAUUCUGUAUCAUACUCAAAUGUAUCUUGUAAUACUGCUGUAAAUACUCUUCAAGAAACUUGGCUGCACGAUUCAUAUGACGAUAAUUUAGUCUCUUUACGUGAUUUCACAAUAUACAGCCAAGAUCGAUGCAGCUCAAAGAAGAAGAGAGGUGGAGGUGUUGCCACUUUUAUUAAUUCUCAAUGGUCUACUGCCAACAACGUCUGCUUCAAAUUCUCAAAUGUCAGUAUUGAUUGUAUAGCUGUCAAAUGCCGACCUAAACACUUAUCUAAGGAUAGCUUCAUUUUCAUCACAAAUAUCUAUGUCACACCUUCUCACAGUCCCUCAGAACUGUGGAGUCCUCAAAAAUAAACUCAUCCAACUUUUACUACUAUGUGAGAAAUGAACAUAUCGUACAUUACUUUGUUUUAACCAGAAUCUCUGUACUUUGUACUUAAACUCGUGUUUUGAAUGGAAAAU